AUGCUCCUUAUGAUAAAACCACUAAUGAUAUUCUCAGCAAUUUAGAUUGUCCUGACUAUCUAGUUGAAAAAUACAACCUCACCCCAGAACAAAUUCAAGAGUGCUAUCAAGCACUAGCCGAUAAUUUAGCCAAUAAUCCGAAUGUUAUCCGGCAAGUAGCCGAAAUGGUAGCCAGAUUAAGAAGUCAUUUAGCCGAAGGAAUUGGUCGUCCAAUAACUAAUGAAGAGAUAAAACCAGUGACUGAAGCCAUUAGCAAACUAACCAUCACUUUACUAAUUGAAAAGAAUAUAGAUCGUUUAAAAGAAUUAGGACUAACUCGUAAGAAAAUAGCUGACUUUGAAAGGAAACUAACUGGAGAAACUUUAAAAACUUUUUUGGAUUACAUUUCUAAAAACAAUACCUUAACCCAGCAAGAAAUGGCAGACUAUGCUUCGCAAUUAGUAGGGCAACCAAUAACUCGUUACUACAAAAGGAAACCAGAAAAGAAUUCUAUGAAAGUGGUUAGUGAAGGAGAUAAAGAAAAAUGA